CGCCCGCACCCCCCCCCCCCAAAAAAAAAAACAACAACAAUGCCGCCGACCGAUGUUCCUGGUAUUCCUCCCAUCGCCGGCAUCGACUACCUGAGCAGCCAGGUCUUACCUGAACCCGAUGUUUUUAUUCACACUUCCAACGGCGCGCGCAUUCCUGCGCACACAAGCAUUCUGGCUUCAGUAUCGCCGGUUUUGGAGAAUAUCAUAGAUCAGCCACGCAGGCAUCGGAGCUCCGAGAGGAUCAUUCCCAUACACGGCGUUCCUUGCGACGCCGUCACCGCUUUUCUCGGCUUCCUUUAUUGUUCCAGGUGCACGGACGAGCAGAUGGAGAAGUACGGGAUUCAUCUGCUAGCAUUGUCGCACGUGUAUUUGGUGCCACAGCUGAAGCAGAGGUGCAUCAAGGUGCUUUCCAAACGGUUAACGAUUGAGAAUGUGGUGGAUCUGCUCCAACUCGCGAGACUCUGCGACGCGCCUGAUCUUUGCAUCAAGUGUAUGAAGCUGCUCGCCAAUCACUUCAAAUCUGUGGAAGCAACAGAGGGCUGGAAAUUCUUGCAGAAGUAUGAUCCCUGGCUCGAGCUCGACAUCCUCAGAUUCAUGGACGAGGACGAAUCGAGGAAGAAGAAAUCGAGAAAGCAGAGGGAGGAGCAGAGGCUGUAUGCAGAGCUGAGCGAGGCGAUGGAGUGUCUGGAACACAUAUGCACGGAAGGGUGCACCGACGUUGGGCCUUACGGUGUGGAGCUCCGGGGAGAGAGGAAGCCGUGCAGCAAAUUCGCCACGUGUCAUGGCCUCCAGCAAUUAAUCAGACACUUCGCUACGUGCAGCAAGAGGGUGAACGGAGGGUGCUUACGCUGCAAGCGAAUGUGGCAGCUCUUCCGACUCCAUUCCUCCAUUUGCCAGCAAACGGCCCAUUCUUGCAAGGUUCCUCUCUGCAGGGAAAUGCAAAUGAAAAUGCAGCAAGAGAAAAAGAAAGAUGAUCCGAAGUGGAAACUACUCGCGAGAAAAGUGGCCUCUGCUAGAGUCAUGUCCACACUUUCUUUGGCAAAGAGGAAGAGGGAUGAUGAAAGUAGAAUAAGCAUGAACAAUUAUGGCCUUAGAAGUUUCAAAUUAAAAUGAGAAUUGUAAAAUAUAGUGCAGUUUAUAGUGUUAGUGUCUUUCACUUUUUAUUUCAUUUCUGCAGAGUUUAUGUGGUCUGAUGUGUUCUUUGUAGAAGCAGCAGGUUUUUGAAUAGAGCGAUCCUGUUGUGCGUUC